CAAACACUUAUUCGAUAAGCUUGAAUCUGAUCACGGAUUAGAAGGUAUAGUUGGUGAUGAUCUGAUAGACAAAGAAAUAAAAGGCUUAGAUUUACAGUUUCGUAUUAAAAGAAAGUGGCAAAGUUUAGGUGAUACUGAACUAAUAGACUUUCAAAUUCACAAAAAUCCAUCAUUUGAUUUGGUGUUGGGGCAAGAUUGGUUAUGGAUACGUGAAGCAAAAAUAAGCUUUGGAUAUUCUUCCAAAACCUGUGUACACCAUGCUAAAAUUGUAAUUGAUAGUAUGAGUAUCCUAUUAAUCGAAGUAAAUAGUAAUAAAGCUAGCUCUAGUAAAAAUAACUUAUCUCAUUCUGAAACAGAAAUUGAUAAACCUGAUCUUAAUUUAGAAAAGUUUAUAGAUAUAUUUAAGAAAUUAUCUAUAGAGACUAAUUUAUCCAGUUCUGAUUCAGAAUUCAUGGGUUCAGACUAG